AAAGACCACUUCCGUUUUCCUUUCCUUUCCCACCCGCUCCUCCGCCAUCACGGGGUACUGAACAAAAAACAAUGUUGAGGGAAAUGGGGAGAAGGCGAAGAACGGAAGAAAGACAUUAAAACUUGUGACAGCGCCCAGCCGAGCAUGGAGCGCCGCUGCGGGGAUUUAUGACACCAUCCCACAAUGCGGACUCGCCGUUCGGCUCCGAGCAUCGCUCUAAUCGCUAAAUACCGCCGCCGCUAAUUAGCGUGCGAUUGAGAUAGCGGCCGCUCUUCCCGCCGCUAGCUCGGUUAGCUUGACGGACAGACAGCCGGCCAGUCAGUCAGCUAACUAGCUAGCUCGCGAACUGUCACUGGCGCACUCGACCGGACACUUUCAUUCAUGUCGCCUGUAAAAUUCUGUCCCAUAUUCACCGGCAUCGUCGGGAUGGCCACGAGUUUGAGUAACCGUGUCGACAGGCAGAAUGCUGUUUGCUCCCGCUGAGUAGACUGCAGCAGCAGCGCUGGGGGGCGACAACGGGGAGUGAGACCUAUAUUUUUCCAGCCAGGCCAGUUAGCUAGCUUUAGCUAGCUACAGUGGAUACCAAAAGCCACGGCGCUGGUCAUGCCGUCAAGUGUGCGGGCCGGGAGCCUGAAGGACCCGGAGGUGGCUGAGCUCUUCUGCAGGGAGGAUCCUGAGAAGCUCUUCACCGACCUGAGGGAGAUCGGACAUGGGAGCUUUGGAGCUGUGUACUUUGCCCAUGACAUCCGCACUAAUGAGGUGGUUGCCAUCAAGAAGAUGUCUUACAGUGGCAAGCAGUCCAAUGAGAAAUGGCAAGAUAUCAUCAAGGAAGUGAAGUUCCUCCAGAAACUGCGGCACCCCAACACGGUCGAGUACCAUGGCUGCUACCUGAGGGAGCACACGGCAUGGCUGGUGAUGGAGUACUGCUUGGGCUCGGCUUCGGACCUUUUGGAAGUCCACAAGAAGCCCCUUCAGGAAGUGGAAAUAGCUGCAAUUACCCAUGGUGCACUGCAGGGACUGGUCUAUCUUCACUCUCACAACAUGAUUCACAGGGAUGUGAAAGCAGGAAACAUCUUGCUCACGGAGCCCGGUCAAGUCAAACUGGGAGAUUUUGGUUCUGCGUCCAUUGUCGCUCCGGCCAACUCUUUUGUAGGAACACCUUACUGGAUGGCACCCGAGGUGAUCCUAGCCAUGGAUGAGGGUCAGUACGAUGGAAAGGUGGAUGUGUGGUCACUUGGCAUUACCUGCAUAGAGCUGGCGGAACGGAAGCCUCCUCUCUUUAACAUGAAUGCUAUGAGUGCCUUAUACCACAUCGCGCAGAAUGAGAGCCCCGUGUUGCAGUCGAAUCAUUGGUCAGAUUAUUUCCGCAAUUUUGUGGACUCGUGCUUGCAGAAGAUUGCCCAGGACAGACCUACCUCCGAUGUGCUGCUCAAGCAUCAUUUCCUAUGCAGAGAGCGUCCCAUGACCAGCGUGAUGGACCUCAUUGCACGCACCAAGGACGCUGUCCGCGAGCUGGACAACCUUCAGUACCGGAAGAUGAAGAAAAUCCUUUUCCACGAGGCACACAAUGGACCCGCACCUGAAGGGGCUGAUGAGGAAGAGGACGUGGAGCAGUACAUGCUGCGCACGGGCACAGUCAACAGCAUGGAAAGCUCCCACUCGCUACCGUCCAUGUCCAUCAGCGCCAGCUCCCAAAGCAGCUCGGUCAACAGCCUGGCCGACGGCUCGGACGACAGCGGCGAGAUGGCCAUGAUGCAGGAGGGCGAGCACACCGUCACCUCCAACAGCUCCAUCCUGCACAAGCCCCUGAGCCACGACAACAUCUAUGAUGACCCCUACCAGCCGGAGGUGGACUUGCAACGGGAUACGUCAUCUGUCAGUGGAGGUGGGGCCGGGGGAGGUGGCGGAGGAGGCGGGAGGCGCCGUCGAGGCCGUGAUCAUUUCGCCACCAUCCGGACCGCCUCGCUCGUCACCCGCCAGAUCCAAGAACAUGAGCAGGGGUCGGCGCUGAGAGAGCAGAUGUCUGGGUACAAGCGUAUGCGUCGGCAACACCAGAAACAGUUGAUGGGUCUUGAAAACAAACUAAAAGCGGAGAUGGACGAACACCAGUUGAGACUGGACAAGGAACUGGAGAACCAGAGGAACAGCUUCUCCAUGGAAGGUGAAAAGUUGUGCAAGAAGCACUCUGGCAUCAUGGACAAGGAGACCAAGGCGGUCCUGGCCGAGGAGAAGAAGUUCCAGCAACACAUACUCGGCCAGCAAAAGAAGGAGUUGACGAGUCUGCUGGAGUCGCAGAAACGACAGUAUCGACAGCGCAAAGAGCAACUCAAAGAGGAACUGAACGAGAACCAGUCGACGCCAAAGCGGGAGAAGCAAGAGUGGCUGGUGCACCAGAAGGAAUGUCUGCAGCAGCUCCAGGCGGAGGAAGAGUCGGGCCUGCUGAGGAGGCAGAGGCAGUACUAUGAGCUCCAGAGCCGCCAGUACAAGAGGAAGAUGCUGCUGGCACGCCACAACCUGGAACAGGAUCUCCUCCGAGAGGAGCUGAACAAGAAGCAGACGCUGAAGGACCUGGAUUGCGCCAUGCUGCUCCGCCACCACGAGUCCACGCAGGAGCUCGAGUUCCGCCAGCUGAGCCUGGUGCAGCGCACCCGCGCCGAGCUGAUCCGCACCCAGCACCAGACGGAGCUCACCAACCAGAUGGAGUACAACAAGCGGCGUGAGCAGGAGCUGCGCCAGAAGCACGCCGUGGAGGUCCGACAGCAGCCCAAGAGCCUCAAAGUGAGUGAUAACCAGACUACAACGGGCCCAGGAGAGGAGACCCGCUUAGAAAAGUUAGAAAUGAGUGAUGAGGAUGACCGAGGCACCAAAUAUGUACGUGAUGAUGAUGAUGAUGAUGACAUGAAGCCGUACAGAAGAGAGUGCUGUGAGAUAGGAGAAGUUCAGACAAGAGAGAACCUGAGUAGGGAUCGCGACGGGUUGGAGUUAGGAGACUUACAUGUGACCAAAGAGAUACUGGACAAAGCGAAUAACCAGGGCACCAAAUAUAUAGACCGUGAUGAUGAUGAGCUGAUGCCAAAUAGAAAAGAAGGAUGGGAGGAGGCCAGGGAGGUGGAGGGGCUUCGUUGGGAAGCUGAGGAAAAUGGCAGAGAAUUUAGAGAGGAGGAUGAACAUUCGAGCGGCGGCGCCAAAUAUGCGCUGGAUGAUGAUGACAUGACGUCAAACAGCCGUGAAAACGAGGAAAAUCGGCCAGAAUUUAGAAGGGAAGACCAAGUUUUGACCAAGGAUGUAGACAAUGAGCAUGACGUGAAACUGAACCGCAGAGGUUCCGAUGAGCACGAGGGAUGGGAAGAGGCGAGGGAGGUUGAAGGAGUUCAGUGGGAAAACGAGGAGGAGGAAGGCAGAGGCGUUGCUGACGGCUGCCCGUCCGAGUUCAUCGCCUCCCUGUCCCGAGAAGAGAGACGCACCCGCGAGCCGGACGACUUGUCCGAGUUCUACUUCCCCGACGUUCCCGAGGUGCUGGACGCCGUCGCCGGCGUCCCUUCCUCGCCUCCUCCCCCGUCCUCCUUCCCGUGGCUCUUCUCUCACUCGGCGUGCCUCCUCCUCUCGCUGUGGGCCGCCGCCCGGCCCUGCAACCUCACGCUGCUCCUGCUGUGCGUCUUUCUUUUGUCUCUGCGCCGCUCGCCCCCGCCGCCCUCUCUCGGGUCUCUCCUCCUUUCCGCCGAGCUGGCCCUCCUGGGCCAUUUCUUCUCCUACCUCCUUCUGCGCUCCUGCUUCUCGCUCUCCUUCUCCUCCUAUCUGUCGCUCAGCCUGUGGGCCAGCGCCCUCUUGAGUUUGGGGCUGUCCCUCAGCUUGGGGAUGUACUACGUCCCCAUGAUUUUGGUGUCGGCGUCCUUCCUGAGCUCGCCCUCUCUCUUCCUGUCGCUCUACCUGCUGGUGGUGCUGGUGGUGCGGCCGGCCCGCCGCUUCCUCCGGCGCGCCCCCCGCAGAGUCAACCGGCUCUGCAUGCGUGUCCUUUUCCGCCUGCCGCGGCCGCUCUUCGCCGUGUGCCAGUCGCUUCUCGGCGGCGUGGCCGAGCGCAGCCUCUACGAGAUGUUUCCCAAAGCGGGGCGCAACUGGGGGGUGCGGCGCUCCAAAAUCCCCGUCCCCCUCAAGAGCCUCCCUUUAAAUCAGCGGGCUCGCAGCGGGCGGCCUUCCCGUCUGGCGCGGGCCCUCCUCUGGCUAAAGCACUUUGUUCGGAGCCCGCUGGGGGUCCUCGCCGACGUGGCAAAUUCACUCGUGCUCAAUCUGGCUGCGAUGUUGGUCCAAAAGCUUCCAGUCAGCAUUGAUCGUUGGUUGAGGUAUGCCGGGCUUUUGAAGACGUGGCGGCCCAGUCGGCUGCCCCUACUUCUGCCCCGCGAGGUGAGGGAAGCCAGGCUGAGGGAAAGAGUGAGGCGGGAGAGGGAGAGGCGGCGCAGGGAGGAGAGGGAGAGGGUGCUCCGGGAUGACACCCGCUGGGAGUGCGCUCUGAGGAGAACGUCCUCGGGAAGGUUUGUCAGGGGGAAGGUGCGGCCCUGGAGAUGAGAGUAGAAAGAAAGUUGGAGGUCGUAUUAUUAAAAAAAAAGAACAAACAGAAAUAAUAUAUUUAGGCUUAAAAAAAAAGAAUGAACUGUAAAAACAGGGCCAAAGGGGUACAUUUGAUUUUAAUGUUUAAAUGGUCAGGUUUACGUGAGCUGGAAGCUUUAGGAAGGACCUUAAGUAAAGCUACGUUCGUGUCUCAGUCCAGAUUCAGAUAUUAAGAACAGAUGAUUGUAAUCAUCUCAAAAGAUCUUAUAGUUCCCCCCCCCCCCUUUUUUCAUGGCUUUAAUAACAAAGUACCAGAGCCUUUUACAUAUUGUGAUUGUCGAUUCCCUUUGGAAAAUUGAAAGAAGAAAUGCUUGAUGGAUUGUCAGGUUCUGCGCGCGCUGCUCCGAGCCGCUCGCUCUUUAGGUGCUGCACUGCAGCCUCCAUCACACAGUGACCUUCCAGCUUUAAACCUUUCAUUAUUUUGCUUUUUGUAAAAGUUCCUUACAUUCACAGUAUGUUUUGCUCUUUAUUUGUAAAACAAUUUCAAGUUUUUAUGACCAUAUCUGUGCAAUCUUAAAAAAAAAAAGUUAUUUAGAUGUUUUUACUUUAUAUUUGGAACAAAUAUGAUGACGGUAUUAAUUGCGGACCACCAAUUUUUCGGUGAAUAACAACGUGCAAUAAUCGUCAGAGUCAACUCUAGCGUGAAGCAUAAAUAUCCAGAUAAUAUUUGAGUCCAAUUUCAAUUUUUAUUGCUCUUUAUGCAAUAAUCAUUUUAGGUUUUACCAUGUAAACAGUUCGUCUUUUUUUUUUUUAUAGGCACGUAAAGCCGCUGAGUGCCUUUGAAUAAAUAUUUGCACAAAUGCCUUAAAAUAUUGUAUGAAGAGACUUGUAAGUGAAGAGUGGAAAGUCUUACCAGAAUAUUUUCCAACUAUAGUGGAAGUUUUUAUUUAUAUGAAGCGACACAAGCGAUUUAAACACAGAAGAUUGCAUCCAAAAGACCUGAAUGAUUCCCGGGUGAGAAAUUAGAUGAAGUCAAAGUGAAGGUGCUUUCGUUUCAUUUCAUGCAAAGUCAUACCAAACGUCCAUUAAGGGUGCUUUUUGAAAGAAGGUCUGAUGCCUCAUACGCGUUGGAAAGGAUAGCGCAUGAUGAAGUUAUUUUAUUUUAUUUUUUUUAUUUAAAAAAGCCAAACUCCCUCAGGGGAAAUAUGGCUUUUUUAAAAGUAACUUUAAACGCAAGAUUUGACAUCAUAUUUAAUUUGUAAGUUAUCUGCCAUUGAUUUCCAUUUGUGUUUGAGUUGUCCCGUGUUCCUCCGAGUAUGUUUACAUGUUCGUAAUGUGCUGUUGACACAUCACCAACUUUUUUUUUUUUACCAAAUUGAAGCAGUAUUUCUUUAAAGAACAGUACAGUACUGCAUUGUUUGGCAGCCACUUGUUCUUUUUAUUCACAUUUAGCUGUGUUGCUCACAUGCUUUAAAAAAAAAAAGGAAAAAAAGCUGUCAUAUUUUUCUUUAUACCAAAAUAAAUCCAGCUGUGUUGAACUCA